GUCAAAAUAUCCAUAGUGAUCGUCCAUUUUUUUCUAGCUGUCAAAAAGUAUUUAUUUUUUCGGUCUAUUUAUUUCUUAGGAUAACAUCAAAAUUAUUUGACUUCAGCCCAAAUUCAUUUCACAAAAUGGAAGAGCAAAAUGUUAACAGUGAAGUACCAAAAAUAGGAGUGGAUGUGAACAGUCCUGAUGAGGAGAAGAAAGGUGAUGAAAUACCUGAAAUACCUGAAGCAACUUCAGCUGCUUUAAAGUUUCUAGAAAGUCUAGUUCCAGAAACCGAUUUUAAAUAUAUGAUGUUUGACGACAAACUUGUCACAAUCUCUGAUACGGGCAAAGAACUGGGAGAAUUUUGUGUGACGAUCGAACCCACCAAACAUUGUAACCAGGACUGUUUUCUGGUGCACGCUAAUAGUCACGGGGCUAUUGACGGAGUACCAUGUGGGACGUCUAUAACUUGUUACGUCACACGGAAUCUAGAAACAAUUGAACAGCACCACCAUGAGUAUGUUAAUCUUGAUAAUUGUCCUUUAGAUAGAAAAACAAAUAUAGUCAAGCAGGAAACAGAAUAUACAGUGAACAGAAUAAUUACCCAAGGGGAGGCUGUGGAACGUAAAAAUAAAACUUUUUCUUUUGAUGAUAUGAAAGGUUUCAUUUCUGAAGGAUCAAAUUUAUUAUUACAUCGAUUACUGAUUGAGAAAGGAAUGCCUGAUGAUGAUUUUCAGUUGGUUUCAUUUGAUUCUGAAACGAAUCUGUGUGCUGCAACAUAUAAAUGUUUAGAGGAGAGAACACAGACAGUUGAAGCCAUAGAGUUACGAGUUUAUGGUAUUGAGAGAACCAUCAAUUCAAAAACAGAUUUACCAACAACAUGGCAAUCAUAUUUUACACAAGAUGGACAUUUAACAAAUCGUGUACAAGUUGGUUCACCUGUUGGGAUGAAAUUAGCUAAAGUACCCACUGCUGUUGUUAGAGAUGAAGAGCCACCUAAACCAGUAUUUGAAAAGAGAUCGUUAAAUAUAGAAGAGGAUAUGCAGAUGUAUUCAAAAUUUCUAGAUAGGAAGGAGGAUAUCAAAGGCGAUCAUGCCGUUUACAUGAGACAACAUCCAGAACUCAAAGCUCUUCUUGCAGACUUCCUGCAAUUUCUGCUUCUUCGUAAACCUCAAGACGUCAUCUCCUUCGCAUCAGAAUAUUUCUCAGCAUUUUCAACGACGGUGCCAAACCCAUCUCCUUAUUUGGCAUCGAAUGCUCCGACUCCUUUCCCGGUCAGUCGAGGCAAUACCCGAAUAGAUCAGUUACGCACGCCAACCAGAUAAUUCAAAGACAUGAUCACCCAGACUGUAAAUAAAUGGUUCUCUGUUAACAGAUUUUAAAUAAUUAUUGGUUGUUUUUGUAUCCAUUUCCGGAUUCCAUUCUUUACAUUCAAACCUUUACACUUAAGACCUGCUUUCAAUGGAUGAGAAAAAGUUGCUUGAAUUGCCAAUGAAAUGGGAGUGUUUCGAUGAGCGACUUUACCGCAGCAUUUUUUUCUCUCUUGUGAAGUGUGCACAUGCAUGCCAACCAGAUGUUUACUUUCUAGCAUAUAUACACAGGUUCUCCUCGAAUAAGUCAAUCAACCGCUCUUGUUGCUGCAAAAUCUUCAUUUAUGACAGGGUGAAGGUGGUAGAAUGGUUUGAUCAUAAGGUCAGUCAUUGAGUCAAGUGGCAUAGUUUCGAUUCCCUGCUUGUAAUUGAGAAGUAGUAGGCUCGUCUGUUUAACCUCAUGGGUUUUCAUAAGAUCUGUCAUUGAGUCAAGUGGCCAGGUUUCGACAAGGAGUAAGGUCGCCUGUCCAACCUCGUGGGUUUUCAUAAGGUCUGUCAUUGAGUCAACUGGUGUGGUUUCGAUUCCCCGCUUUUACAUGACAAGGAGUAGGGUUGCCUGUCCAACCUUGUGGUUUCACUCCCGGUCCUCCGGUUUCUUCCCACUGCUAAAGACCCCUACACACUAGCAAAUUAUUAAAAUAAAAUUGAACCAUAUGUUAGUCUCGAAAUUACGUAGUUCCUGUCAAGUGGAUGUUAAACCCCAUUUCUCUCCCUCACUUAUGACAUCAUGUACUUGAGAUCCAACAAACUUUUUACCGAUUUAUUUGUACACGUGGAAAAACAAAAACGCACGAGGAAAUGCGGUGACUUCUGCUGGCGAAAACACGUGGAAAAUGGACCUUAGACUGGAGUUAUUUUCAUAUAGACAAAAAAUCCAAAAUUUGAUUUCUAAUUUACUGGCCUGGAAAUAACGAUUGUAGUUGUAGGUGAUAAAAUGUCAGACAGUAUUAGAGUUGUAACCAGAUAUUUUAAACUUUGUGCCGGACAUUUAUUAAUAAAUAUCAUUAAAAACACAAAUUGUCAGGCUGUAUGAGUAGUUGUAUAUUGGGCUGUAUGAGUAGUUGUAUAUUGGGCUGUAUGAGUAGUUGUAUAUUGGGCCGAAAAUCUGUUACAAAUAUUAAAAACUCAAAUAAAAAUAAAAUUGAUGCCAGAAAAAAUACAGAUACCAAAAUGAUUGAGCCUGACGAAAUUGUCUGUGACAGGUGCCAUAUUUCUCGGUUUUCAAAUUUGUAUAGAAAUAAUAACAGGAUAUGAGACUGAAUUUGAAAGGAAUCUGGAAUUGGAUACACUUCAAUCAAACACCCCUCUUCCCCUCUAACCCUAACCUUUCCUCUCUAAGAAACGAAAGAUCUGAUUGUACAUUUUAAUAUGAUUUGAAUUCAAGAUAAAAUAUAAAAUGAGCAAAAUCUCUCCAGAUGUGAUGUAUGUUUUAAAAUCUCUCCAUGUGUGAUGUAUGUUUUAAAAUCUCUCCACAUGUGAUGUAUGUUUUAAAAUAUCUCCACAUGUGAUGUAUGUUUUAAAAUAUCUCCACAUGUGAUGUAUGUUAUAAAAUAACUCCACAUGUGAUGUAUGUUUUAAAAUAUCUCCACAUGUGAUGUUGGUUUUAAAAUCUCUCUACAUGUGAUGUAUAUUUUAAAAUCUCUCUACAUGUGAUGUCUGUUUUAAAAUCUCGCCACGUGUGAUGUAUGUUUUAAAAUCUCUCCACAUGUGAUGUAUGUUUUAAAAUAUCUCCACAUGUAAUGUGUGUUUUAAAAUCUCUCCACGUGUGAUGUAUGUUUUGAUUCUCUGGAGAUUGUGUUAACGCUGUAAUAAUUAUAAAAUUAUUUUUUCCAAUAUAAUUCAUCUUCAUCUCCCAAAAUUACACACCAUAGUCAAUUUCAUUUUAUACAACAUUUUACUCACCACCAAUUACUUAGGUGCCAAUUUGAAUAUGAAUUAGGUUUAUUAAAGGCUCAAUACCACUCUUGUUGUAACUGAAUAUAAUAUGUCCCAAUCUUUAUUCUAGUCAACAAAUUGUACUAUUUUAGAAUAUUUCAAUUAAUUGAUGAUACAAAUUUCAUCUUAACACACCUUAUUUAAAAAAAUGGAAAAAUUCAACUAAAUGAUUUGAAAAGCCUGACGUAAAGCUUUUCAAAUGUGACUUGGAUUUAAAAAUAUUUUUGAACCCUCUGGACAAGUAAAAUAGGAUUUAAUGGAUAAUUUACAUAACAGGUAGGACACUAACAUAUCUAGUACUUAGAAUAAGGCUAUUUUUUAUUUUCUGGAGCUGUCAAGCCAGCAAGAGUGUUAUUGUCCCUUUAAUAUGUAUAACCAGCAAUGGGGGAGGUGGCCAUUUGGGUAUGAAGUAUGUGUAUGCAUAUGUAUUUCCACGAAUAACUAAUGUUCCAAUUUGAAUAAUACAUUUAUUUGCCAUCUUCUGAUGAUUGUCAAAUAAUUAGAUUUUAAACAGAAUUAAAACAGAAAGUUCACCCACAACUUUAUAAACAGCUUUAUUAUUUCCAAAAUAUGUCAAAUUUAACAAAAGAAUAAUGUGCAUUCAGUAUUAUUUAUUUUAAGGCUAAACCAAUUUUUAAUUUUUAGUCAAUAAAUAGUUAUUUAAGUCUUAUGAACAAUGUUUUGGGUAAUAUUUUCGAACUAAAAGCCUUUGGGAAGAGCAACUAAGAAUUUUUAAGUAUUUUUUUGGACAGAAGAAAUGGGAAGAUAUUUUUUUUUUAAUAGGUUUUCCCGAAGAAGAAAUAUUUAAAUUAGUUUGGUCUAAUCUAUAGCCUCUCCAUCGAUCUAAAUAUUAAGGCCACUUGCAGAUUUCGUCAGGUCAAAAGAUGUAAACAGGGCUAGCGCUAACCCUAACCCUAACCCACAAUCCUGUCAACAAUCACAUGCCCUAACCCUAUUUACAUCUCGCAACCUUAAUAUUAAGAUGUCCAACCUCGUUGGUUUUCUCCGGGUCCUCUGGUUUCCUCCCACUGCUAAAGACCCCUACGUGCGGCGAGUUAUUGAGGUAAAAUUAAACCAUAUGUUGGUCCUGAAAUGACCUAGUUUCUCUCUCUCCCUUAAUAUUAAGACCUGAUGUAGUUAAAGCGAGAUCAAGCCUUCUAUUGAAGAUGUAGACAUCCCAGUCCAUCCUUGUGUUAAAUGUUCAGAUGGUUGUGAUUUUUUAUCUUUAGGAAAUAAAUUGGAUGUUAUUUAUU